AGCCCUGAGCAGCUCCUCUGUGCGCCACGGACCGAAACCCCGUCUUGUGCUGCGGCACGGGAGCGGCAGAGCGCAAAGCUGAAGAGCGUGGCUCCUCCAGUGAACGGUCUGUCGUGUUCUCGGGUGCAGGGAGCUGUGAUCAGCCCUACAGGAGACGGGGCUGUGCCAGGACUCGGAGGUGCUGCUGCCCCUGCCUUGCAGCUGGGUUAUCGUUCUGACGUAAAGGAAAAUUCCUCCAGUUGUCCUGCUCAUCUGCCAGCAUCGUCCUCGGGCGGCAGCGAACGCCACGAGCCAGGACUGGUCUCUAGAUUUAGAUUUAAUGGCUCUGAAACGUUUGUGCAAAAAUGUGUGACUGGUAGAGAUAGCUCCAAAGCAGGGACUGCUGGAGCGCAGGAAGCCAGCCCUGCGCUGGGGGACUUGGCACAUCUGCAGGCAGAGGAAGGCAGUGAUGGCAACCUGAGUAAUGGAGAGCAAAAUACAGAGCCUGUGGUGAGACCCUCUUUACACGGUGACUUUGUUUCUCAGAACAGGAUAGACACCUCUGAAAAACCUGAGCAGCCGAGGGAGAGGAGCCCCUCAACAGAACCAGGAAACACACAUCAGCCACUGAGGGAGACCCAAGAGUUCAAGACACGUGGAGAUGAGGAUGUGCAGAGUACACACAGUGAGACGACGGACACUGCUUCAGAUUUUGAAGGUGACGUAGCUGAUGAGAGCGUGGAGAUGGAUGGGUGUUUCAGAGGUGCCCGCUGUAGGGAGGUGGCUGGGAAAGACUCCUCCUGCCCCAGCAGCACCGAGAUGUGUGGUGGGGUUAGAUCAGAAUCGGAGGCGGACAACUUGGCCUGUGUUGUGGGCCUCCCUGCAGUCACAGUGAUGGGCACUGCACCUCCAUCCCAGAGCCAGGGACCACACGCACCACUGCCCCAGAAAGCAGGUUCUGCUCGGCCCGUGUCCUCUGUUGAAACCAACAACCCUUUGGUGAUGCAGUUGCUUAAGGGGAACCUUCCUUUGGAGGAUGUUCUCCCGGCAUCUCAUGCCAACAUGAAGCUGGAAGCUGCGCAGCCACCGCUGGACAAGCCCUCGGAAAGCCUCUCCCUGCAGGUGGAGACAGGUGGCAGUUGCUAUUUUGGAACAGAAUCUUCUCCAGAUGUAGGAACAAAGACGAGUGCCCUGAGCAGGAGCGAUGACUUCCAGUCAAUGAGAUCUUCCACAGAUCCCCAGGAGAACAAGUGUGGAUCAGGGGCAGCCUUGCCUGGAGCAGAGGAUGUGGAGGACCACUCUAUUCCGGAGAAACAUUCCAAAGUUGCCUCGACUCUACGGGGCCAAGACCAGCUGGCAACUGUGGGAAGUGCCUCUCAGAAGCCUGAAGAUCUGGGCCCUCAGGAAAGAACCUUUUCUUCCUGUAGCUUUGAGGAGCAAAAGGAGUUGCCCAAGGUCCAUCGGGUGCCACAGCACAACCCAUUAGCAAGUGUCACCACAAAUACACGUCCAGAGGAGUUGAACACCUCCAAUGAGCCUCGGUUUUUGUCUCCAACUGUAACUUCUCUUGGUCCAAAUCAGACAGGAGGUGCCUCGGUCAACAAAAACUAUCCUGGAGUUCAAGGCAAGAAACUCUUUGGUUCUGGUUUCCCCUGCAACACCAGCGUUAGACUGCACCACCCCAGGGCUUUGGAUCAAGCUUUGGCCAUAGGAACCUUGUCCCCCAGCAAACAGACUCCUCUGGACAAGAGCUGUGCCCCAGGAGAGGGAGUGCCGGCUGCGAGGGAGGAGUGGGCCUCAAAGCAGCACCCCAGCACCCUGGGAGGAAGGAGAAAUGAGAACGUGGUGAGCGGCAGCCCGGGCAAGGGGAACGCGGAGAACCAGAGGGAGCUGACUGAGCACUUGCAGAGGGUCCCGCUGGGAAUGGACUUGCCGUUCUUUAAGUUUUCAAGGGAAGCAGGAAAAGGCCACAGUCACCCUUUGGAGCCUUCUUCCAUCCCCUCACAGCUCAAUAUCAAACAAGCAUUUUAUGGGAAGCUUUCUAAGCUGCAGCUUAAUUCCACCAGCUUUAAUUACUCAUCCGGCGCUCCCGCUUUCCCGCGGAGCCUCGCUGGCAGCGUGGUGCAGCUGAGCCACAGAGCGAACUUUGCUGCGGGCCGCAGCUCGGCCCUUUCCGUGCAGAUGUUUGCUGACAGCAGCAGCGUUGACGAGAUCUCCUUCAAGUGCUCCUGCAGCCUUAAAGCCAUGAUCAUGUGCAAGGGCUGCGGGGCCUUCUGUCACGACGACUGUAUAGGACCCUCUAAGCUGUGUGUAUUGUGCCUUGUGGUGAGAUAA